AUGUCUUGCUACGAGCUGAGCUCCACGUCUGCUGGCGGUAUCUACCGCCCUCAACCCCUCGCUGACAGCGGAAAUGAGCCUUGCGUCCGUCAGUGCCCUGACUCCACAGCCGUGAUCCAGCCACCUCCAGUCGUUGUCACCUUCCCCGGUCCCAUCCUCAGCUCCUUCCCCCAGGAUUCUGUUGUGGGAUCUUCUGGAGCACCCAUCCUUGGGGGCCAUGGCUCCACCCUUGGCUAUGGGGGUCUGUAUGGCUAUGAGGGCUAUGGCUCCCUGGGCUACGGUGGUCUGGGGGGCUAUGGCUCCUCCCUGAGCUAUGGGGGUCUUUAUGGCCAUGGGGGCUAUGGCUCCCCAGGCUAUGGGGGUCUCUAUGGCUACAGGGGUUCCCUGGGUUACAGGGGCCUGUAUGGCUAUGGUAGAUCUUAUGGCUCUGGCUCUUGGACCCCUUUCUCCUCCCGGUACAACAGGUCCCGCCGUGGCAGCUGUGGGACCUUCUAA